AUGCUGGACGUGCUCAUAGGUUCUCAAUGUGUCGCCACGUUGCUCUACGUUACUGUGAUAACGCUUGCUGUUACACAAUGCGGUAAAAAGGUAUGUUCAUUUUUAAAUUAUCUUCUGUAUAUACGGUAUCAACUUAUUAUCGUAUGACUUAUCUUGAUUUUUAUGUUUUCUUUGUCAUGUGAUGCCGUAUUUUCCGUAUAAUACAUUAUUUCAACUUCAGAAGGCACCUGCUGCUAAACCAGCUCCAAGUCCGGCCAAGGGUGCCCCGAGUGCUGCUGCCGCCGCUGCUGCUUCUGCACCACCGAAGGAAGCAUCAAAGAAGUCGAAGAAAGACUCCAAGAUUGAAAAGAAGGAGGAAGUCAAGAAGGAAUCGCAGAAGGAAGUUAAGAAGGACGGAGAAGAAAAGAAGGAGGAAAAGAAGGAAGAGGUCAAGAAGGAAGAGAAGAAGGAGGAGAAGAAGGAGGAGGAGAAGAAGGAAGACGAAAAGAAGGUCAGUUUUUAUGGUUUGUAAAAUUUUAUGUAAAAUAAGGAGGAGAGUAAACCAAAUUUUUAAAAAUAUUGAAAAUAACAACCGAUUCGUAGUGUGAAUUUCGUUCCAAAUUUUUUACAUAAUUUAAGAUAUUUUCAGGAAGAAAAGAAGGACGGUAGCAAGAAGGAAGGCUCGAAGAAGGAGGGCUCUAAGAAGGAGACUUCUAAGCAGGACGACAAGAAGGACGGUUCAAAGAAGGAAGGUAGCAAGAAGAAGGAUGCUUCCAAGAAGGAUGGAUCCAAGAAAGAAAGCUCCAAGAAGGAGACUUCUAAGCAAGACGGCUCAAAGAAGGAAGAGAAGAAGGAUGAUGAAAAGAAGGAUGAGAAGAAGGAUGAUGAGAAAAAGGACGACGAAAAGAAAGAUGAAAAGAAAGAUGAGAAGAAGGACGAAGAGAAGAAGGACGAGGAGAAGAAGGAUGACGAUAAGAAGGAUGAAAAGAAGGAUGAUGAGAAGAAGGACGAAAAGAAAGAGGAUGAGAAGAAAGAUGAUGAGAAGAAAGGAGGAGGUAAGUAUGAUUCUUGCUCUAACUUUCGGUUGUGCCAAACUUUUAAGACUUACAGUGUAAACAGGAAAAGGUUAUGACAAUGUUUUUAGUCACUCUUGCUGAAAAGGAGCUCAAGUUCGACAAGGACGGAGGCAACAAGAAGUUCAAGAUCACCAACGCUGAUGCCGAAAGGAAGGCGAUCAAGAUCAAGUGUUCUGACAACAACCUCUACCGUGUCAAUCCUGUCUUCGCUUUCUGUGCUGCCAACGCUGACCUCGAGAUUGAAGUCGUUCGACAGAAAGGUGCCGAAAAGGCGGACAAGCUGGUUAUCCUCAGUACCAAGGUAUGUUGAUGUUUGACUCCCGACCACUAUUACAGUAGUUUUAAUUAUAAUAUUUUAUGUACUUUUGCAGUUUACUGCAAGAAUACUUUAUACAAAUUUUCAGGCUGGUGACGACGACAAAGAUGCUGCCACUUUGUUUAAGAAGGAAGGAAAUUACCCUCAGCUCAUUAUGCCUUUGGGAACCAACUGA